GGAGGAGAGAGGGGAGGAGAGAGGGGAGGUAGAGUGGGGAGAAGGGGAGAGGAAGAGAGGAGGACUCGGAGGGGAGCGAGGAGGCCGCGGCGGGCUCAGGGGCACGUCGGCCGGGCCACCUCCGCGAGCCAGACGUCGCCAUUCCGCUGCUCGGGGCGCCGCCGCCGCCGCCACCGCGCCCGGGGGCCAUGCUCCCGCCGCCCCCGCGCCAGCCGCCGCCCCAGGCGCGGGCGGCCCGCGGCGCGGUGAGCCUGCAGCGGGCCUUUCUGCGCGGCCCGCUGGGCGUGCUGCGGCUGCUGCAGCUGCUGGCCGGCGCCGCCUUCUGGAUCACCAUCGCCACAAGCAGGUACCAGGGCCCGGUGCACUUCGCGCUCUUCGUGUCCGUGCUCUUCUGGCUGCUGACCCUGGGCCUCUACUUCCUCACGCUGCUGGGCAAGCACGAGCUGGUGCCCGUGCUGGGCUCGCGCUGGCUGGUUGUCAACGUGGCGCACGACCUGCUGGCGGCCGCGCUCUACGGCGCCGCGAUGGGCAUCAUGAUCAGCCAGACGCAGAGCCACAGCUACUGCAACCUCAAGGAUUACCAGAUGUCCUGCGCCUACCACGCCUUCCUGGCGGCCGCCGUCUGCGGCGGCCUCUGCCUCGGCCUCUACCUGCUCUCGGCGCUCUACGGCUGCUGCCGCCACUACCAGGGCGAGCAGGAGGUGGCGUGAGGUCGCUGCGCCGCGGGGCGGGGGACCCGUCCUUCCUGCCGCCGCCGCCCCGCGCCCGUGCGCCCCGGCUCCCUCCCCUCGCCCUGCGUUCCCGCCGCCGCCAGCGCCCCGGCGCCCGGAUCGCAGUUCCCGUCCGACGGCUUCGCCGCCGUCCAGAGUCCGGACAGCUGCGCUGUCUCCUGGGACCAGGGCAGGGCCGCAUCCGAGGGGCGGACGCACUCUUUCAGUCAGGCCGCCCCGAGGCGAAGCCUCGCUGUUCCUCUUCCCCUUCCCGGCCGAGAGCGAGACGUGGACAGGCGCCGCGUAGAUCCGGGGGAGGCUCCCAAAUUGGAACCAGUCUGCUGGCGGCGCCACUGCCCCCUCCCUCCCGCUCCGCGUUCGGAAGAGCACCCCCUUGCCCUGGCCUCUCUUCCAGCCCCGAGUGCUGAAAAAGGCAGGCAUGACGCCGCGGGCGUAGCUGGGGACGGGCCUCCACUGGUCCUGGGAUGAGCGACGGGUGUGGUUUUAGUUUGGGAUUGUGCGGGCAUCCUGCGCAGUCCUUCCGGGCCAUCCCUCGGUGCUUUGAUGUCUUGCGCUGGGGCCCACCUGCAAAGGUGAGGAUGGAUAGGGGGCUGUACCCUUGCACCUUUGGAGUCUUCUUUCUCCUCCUCCUGUUCCGCCUUUGUCCUCGCGGUUCACGGAGGCCAGUUCCUAACGCCCACUAGCUUCCCUAGCCUCGCCUUCCCAGCCUUCCUCUCACAGGUUUCUGUUCCAUCCCCACCUCCCAAUAUCUUUUUUGCAUUAGGGAUACCACACCAGCGUCAAGGAAUGUUAGGCGAACCCCACCCCCUUCUUUUUGCAGAUGGAGACUCAGAGCUUGCUCUUGCGAACAGCCAGAAAAAGAUUAGAAACCGGUCUUUGGACUCCCAGUCUAGCGUUGUUUACUUUAAAGCAUUGGUUGUUCCCAGGAAUCCGGACUCUGGAGCUACCCUCUCAUAGAGGGUUUCAAGGCCAAAAGGGUUUGUCUAAGGUGCUUUCUCCCCUUCUUGAAGAUUCACAAUGCUCAUUAGCAUAUGAAAGGCUCUGAGAAGUCCUGCUCUAAAAGAAGCCCAAGUAACUCAGUUUACAGUGUUAACUGCCUCUGGACCUGGACCAGUUUUUUCCACCUAAGGUUCCAAGCAGCCGUAUGUCGUCCUGGCUCUCAUUUAUCACGAAGGGUGCCGACCCAUUGGCUGUGGUCUGUUUGAAGACAAGGGGCACUCCUUCUCUUUCCCAGGGAAUUUCUAUAGCAGAAGGAGGCCCCGCACCCCCUUCAUUAAAGAGAAGAUAGCCAGCCCUGCCAGGCCAGUGAGAGCCUGGGGAAACUGUGGAUUGAACAUUCCUUUACAUUGUUUGGGAAAUGAAGCCAAGGUUAUCCUGAUGGUUUCCUGGUUUCCCAGUCAAAAGGAACAUCACCUGUAAGAGAUGCUGGCAUUGACCAUGAGCAACUGGCAGGGGUGGGUCGCACCAAACAGAGAAGAAAACUCGGGAUUUGGGAUGAACAGCUGGCCCAGCCUCGGUAAGGUUUCCAUGUUGCUGAGGCCAUGGAGACUCCCAGAGCCAGUCAUUCUGACCUCUCCCAGGGCCCACUUCCCUGGGCCAGCAGAGGGUUUCAGUGUCUUCACUGGCCAUAUAAGGAGAUCAUCACAUAAGCUGCAUCCUCCGCUCAGAUCCAGCCCUUUGAGGACCUCUUCUUAGCCCCCAGCCCAUAGUGCUUUGUCUGUGGUUAGCUGACCUUACUCAGGAGCAGACGUCUCCUUGGCCUUCAUGGUACCUUAUACAGCCACAUGUGCCUGAAACAUUCCAGAGCUCACUGGCUCGUCUAGAUGUGCCUUCCCACUUGGCCUCCCGCAGCUUCUCCAGAUGUGAGAAGGACAUGAAGACGGCUCCCACACCCAUCCUCUCCUCCCCCUCGGGGCUCUGUGCCAUGGGAGUGGCUACCUGAGCUGGCCCGGAACUUUUGGAUACUGGAGGCAGUCUCCUUGGCCUCCCUCUUUGGACUCCAGGACUCGAUCCAACCUGACACUGCUGUGGGCUGCCCCCAGCCCAAAAGUCUGGGACCACUUGUGGGCCCAGGAGAGGAUUUCUCCAGUAUUCUACAAAGGCCAAAGAGAGGGUGUGCGUGGGAGGGUGAGGGAGGGUAGGGAGAGGGGACCGAUGUGCCUCAUUCAGUAGUUUAGUGGUGAUUACUAAUAUGCUUUUCUGAAUAAAGUUUGUUUGUCUGAUCUGG